AUGCUUGUUGCAAUUAAAGUUCUUGACCUUCAGAAAAUUGGGAGUUCCAAAAGCUUCAAGGCUGAGUGCAAAGCAUUAAGAAACAUCCGCCAUAGAAAUCUAGUUUCUGUCUUAAGUUAUUGCUCCAGCAUCGAUUCCAAGGGCCUCGAAUUCAAGGCUCUCUUCUAUGAGUUUAUGGAAAAUGGAGAUCUUGACUCGUGGUUGCAUCCAGAGAAAGCUGAUCAAACAACAAGACUAAGGAGUCUUGAUCUUUCUCAGAGGCUAAAUAUUGCAACUGAUAUUGCUUCAGCAUUGCAUUAUCUUCACAACCAAAGUGAAACAACUGUGGUUCAUUGUGAUCUAAAACCAAGUAACAUUCUUGUUGACAAUGAUCUUGUUGCUCAUGUGGGCGAUUUCGGAUUAGCAAGGCUUCUUCCAAGAACCGCCAUUACUUUUGUGGAGGAAGGAACUAGCAGUUCUGUUUUAUUAAAAGGAUCUAUCGGAUAUGCUGCUCCAGAGUACGGAAUGGGUGUCGCAGCAUCGACUCAGGGUGAUGUCUAUAGCUAUGGGAUACUGUUAGUGGAGAUGAUCGCGGAGGCCAACAGAUGA